AUGGAGGAUAACCAUGGCGAUCCGAAGGUGACUCCCGACGAAGAUAACGGGGUAAUCAGCCUCAGCAACAGCCCAGGUAGCAGCAAUGGCUCUGAUCCCAACAGCCCUCACAUUUGGCUCGUCGGCGGUGGCAUUGCUUCACUGGCUGCUGCCGUCUUCCUAAUUGACGAUGUCAACGUACCUGGCAGCCACAUUCAUGUCCUCGAAGCGUCAUCGAAAGCGGGUGGAUCGAUGGCGACAUUCGCGAAGCCCUCUUGGGAUACUGGGUAUAGGGUAUCUGCGAUACGAAAAAUGAGUCUCACGUACCACUGUUUAUAUGUGAGGCAGGUCUUUGACGAGAAUGGGGCAGAGAAGCCUGAGGCAGUUGACGUGAGCACCAUGGGUCUGAGCGUGAAGAACCAAUGCGACUUGAUGAGGGUCGUUCUCGAGACGGAGGAAGAGUUAGAAGGGCUUGAGAUACAGGCUUUAUUCGAGCCAGACUUCUUCGAAACUAACUUCUGGGAUUUAUGGUCGUCUCUUAAUCGCUUCCACCCUUGGUGUAGUGCUGUUGAGUUCAGACGGUGCCUACACCGAAUGUUGCACGAGUUUCCUAAUAUGGGAACUCUGUCGGGCGUCGAGCAAGCACCCGAGGAGGACUUUCAGGCUAUUAUCAAGCCAUUGACACAAUAUCUCAAGGCAUCGGAUGUCGAAUUUCGUCACGGCAUAUUAGUUAGCGGUUUAGAGAUUGAGGAUAUCGGUUCCGAUUUCAGGGUAACUGCUUUGAAGACUUACCAAGACAGCAAACAUGUGCAGUUGACGUUGGGGCCCGACGACAUCGUCCUCCUCACACUUGGCUCGCUAACUUCUGGGAUGGGAUAUGGCACCAACGAUCAGCCUCCUCCGACAAUGGAGCUGCGUGAUUCAGCACCACACGCGCUCGACCCGUCGUGGGCAUUUUGGGACAAACUUGCUUUGGAGCGUCCACAGACAUUCGGCAACCCUGAAGCCUUCUUCGAUCGACCUUCCAAGUCGACUUGGCUCUCUUUCACUGUCACACUCCGCGAUCCAGCUUUCUUCGAGCAUCUUUGUAAAUGGACUGGCACGCUGACCGGGGCUGUACCUCUGUUGACCUUUCGUGACUGUCCUUGGAUGCUUUCUCUGACCAUUCCCCAGCAACCAUACGUCAAAGACCAACCUGACGGCGUCUUUGUCUUCUGGGGCUAUGGGUUGUUUCCUGACCAACAAGGCCGAUAUGUUAGAAAGCCAAUGCUCGAGUGCACCGGUGCUGAGAUCCUCACGGAGUUGCUCCACCUCAUGGCCUUUCCUAUACGACCAACACUCGAUCGUUCCAUCACCGUUCCUUGUCUGAUGCCAUUGAUUGGCAGUCCAUUCCUCACGCGCAAGAAGGGCGAUAGACCAAAGGUGAUUCCUGAUGGAAGCAAAAAUCUGGGUUUGAUGGGGCAAUUCGUCGAGAUCGAGCGCGAAGUGACGUUCACUAUGGAGUAUUCGGUGCGGUCGGCGCAACUGGCUGUGUAUGGACUGAUGGGCUUGGACAAGCAGCUGCCGGGGGUUCAGGGAGAAGACCAUGAAGUUUUGACAUUAGGAAUGGCGUUGAAAACUAUGAUGACUUAG